AUGUCGCGCGGUAAUCGAACGGACAUAUUGCUUUCUGCGCGAGUUUCACACGCGACGAAAAACAUUCACCAACUAGGUAUAGAAACAUUGUAUUGUUUGGUUUAACCAAACACUGCCUGUGAGACAUGUUGUUACUAAAGAAGCUGAUGCUAGUGGCACUUCUGUUUGUAAACUCAACAUUCGGAAACAGACGAUGCGUGGGCCAAAAACAGUGUACAGAGUUUGGGGACUGUCCCGAGUUUAAACACCUAGUUGGAGUGCCGUUGUCAAGUUUGCAUGCUGAUGUACGAGCCAAACUCAAGAAUAAUCACUGCAAAACUGAGAAACGUGGAAAUGUGAACAUUUAUAGUGUCUGUUGCAGCACUAAUCCGCCAUUGUUUGAUCGGUCCAAAGCACUGGCGAUGCUAAACAUGGCUACAUGCGGAAGAACUACCGAAGAUAAAAUCUCCUUCGGAAGAACCGCUAAAGUAUUCCAAUACCCUUGGAUGGCAUUGCUUCUAAACGACGAACGGGAUGUAAAAUGCGGAGGAACGCUUAUAGCCGAAAGCUAUGUUCUCACUGCAGCUCACUGUGAUAGAGAUGUAGCCUUAGUACGGUUGGGAGAGAAUAACAUCUCCAAACCAAUCGAUUGCAAUGAUUUGGAAGAUUGUGCUGAUCCACCGCAAGAUAUUCAGAUUAGCAAAUUCAUCAAGCAUCCUCUCUACAGUGCAUCCAAAAAGAAGAAUGAUAUUGCAAUAAUAAAACUAGCCAAACCAGCGAUCUUGAGUUCAAGUGUUAAAACGAUUUGCUUACCCAUCGACCCUUUGCACCGGCAUCCGUUACCAAAGAGCAUGAUUGUUUCUGGCUGGGGCAACACUGAGAAUGGGUCCACAUCAGAUGUGCUGCAGUUUGCAUCGCUCUCGCUGUUUCCGACGGAACGCUGUGCCAGAAUAAUAUCCCGAAUGAACGAUGCAAUCAAGCUCAGCGACGAGAGUCAGUUCUGCGCGGGCGGCCGUAAUAAAAUAGACAACUGCUCCGGCGAUUCUGGAGGCCCGUUGCAGUCUUUGUCCUGGCAAUCGGUGGCAGUGCAGUACGGUAUCGUGUCCUUCGGGAUAAACUCCUGUGGGGUACAAAACGCGCCCGGUGUAUACACGAACGUGUCGUUUUAUACAGAGUGGAUAUUGCUAAAUUUAAAAUAAAACCAGACGAACAAAAAGUGUCGCCCAAUAGUGGGAUAUUCCUAACCAUACCCCAAGACAGCGCAUCAGCAGCCUGGCUGCGUAUGAUUCUGCCAUCUAUCAAAGGUAACACCCUCGUACAAUCGUUUCGUUUUAUACACUGUGACUUGGCUGUGUG